AUGAGCUCCGAUCUUUCCCUCGCUGCGGCUACCGCGACGUCGCCAGCUCCCUCCUCGGAGGUGAUUGAGCUUUUGUUCAACCAGUAUAUCCAAGUCCACCCCGUCAACAACCAAUACGUGUUAAAAUCUCGAGACGACGAUGCAGAGAAGGUCAGGGCCUGGUUCAAUCUACGCACGUUGCCGUUAAUCGGCCGCUUUUUGCCAGAGGUGGAUGAAAAGACAAAACUCAUCAACGAGCUCGUGGAGUAUCAAAAAUCAACCAUUACCUAUAAGGACUGGUACUCCACCUCCUUGAAACUAGACGAGCUAUUGGGCAACAAUGCUUGGAAAUCAGACCCGCAGUCUGACGUUUACGACUACAACUUGAUCUACAAGAACCUUAAUUUGAUGCGACAGGCGCGGUUACACAACAACUUUAAAUUGUUGCUUUAUUACGUGCGGACCAGCUGGGUGCGUAAUUUUGGGAAUAUGGGCGAUGCAGACUUGUAUCGCCACUCGUACGUGGGCACCAAGAAGUUGAUUGAGGAGUAUUUGCAGGAAUGCCAAUAUGCGUUGGACUAUUUGGUUAACGACGGAAGCUCGCACUUGGACGAUAGAUACUUGUUGGGGAUGCUCAUUCAAACGAGAAAAAACAUUGGCAGAACCGCAUUGCUUCUUUCCGGCGGCAGUACUUUUGGAAUCUUCCACAUUGGUGUCUUGGCCACGCUUUUCGAGGCCAACUUGCUACCAAGAAUCAUUAGUGGCUCUUCCGCGGGGUCUAUUAUCGCCAGUAUCAUGUGCUCGCAUAACAACGAAGAAACGAUUGAGUUGCUUCAAACGAUUGCCGAUCGGAAAUUUGACAUUUUUGACAUUGCCGACUGCGACCAGAACAAGAAACAGGGCAAGUUCCGUAAGCUCCUCAUCUUUUUGGGACAUUUCAUUAAGUUUGGGACAAUAUUUGACAUUGAAGGGUUGCAAGAAACCAUGACCAGCUUCUUGGGCGACUUGACCUUCCGCGAAGCUUACAACAGAACUGGCAAGAUCCUCAACAUUACCGUCUCGCCAACAUCUAUCCACGAGCAAACGCGUUUAUUGAACCAUUUGACGGCGCCAAACUGUUUGAUAUGGUCCGCAGUGUGCGCCAGCUGCUCUGUUCCCGGUGUUUUCCCCACCAGCUCCGUUUACGAGAAGGAUGUCAAGACAAAUGAGAUCCACGAAUGGAACAACGAUGAGUCGAUGAAGUACAUGGACGGAUCCGUGGAAAACGACUUGCCAAUCACCAGGCUUCUGGAAAUGUUCAACGUUGACCACAUCAUUGCCGUGCAGGUGAAUCCUCAUGUGGUUCCAGUUUUGAAAAUCUCAGUCGGCAACAUUGGCGGAGAAGUUGAAAACGACUUGAGCUACAAGCUCAAGCACUUGUUGAACAAUGCCUACGAUUUUGUUUCGUGCGAGGCAAUUCACUAUCUACAGCUUUUGACGGAGCUAGACAUUUACAAGAACCUAUCCAAUAAAAUCAUUUCAGUUUUAUCGCAAAACUAUUCCGGUGACGUGACGAUAUUACCAGAGUACAAAGUAACGGACUUUAUUAAAUUGUUUGAAAACCCCAAUAGCGAUUUUUUGCUAGAUUUCAUCUGCCGUGGCGCCAAGGCGUCGUGGCCCAAGAUGUCCAUCAUCCACAACCACUGCAGCGUGGAGUUUGGCCUCGACAAGGCCAUCUCGACCUUGCGCGGGCGUAUCAUCACCUCGGCCAACUAUAGAAUCACCAGCGGAGACAACAUGAUGAAACGAAGCCAGCUGUACCACCGGUCAUCUAAUCCGACAUUGUCCACCAAUAACUUGACGACGCCCCCCUUGCUUGUCAAUGACGGGCUGUUCAACACUGCUCCAAAUACGCCAAUGAAGGGGCAAAGACGCCCCAUGCCCGUUAGACGCAAUACGGGAAAUGUGCCCCAUAAAAGAGCAAAAGCGAGAUCAACAGCGUUUGAAAAUGCCAUCUUCCCGAAAAAGGGCAAUUCUUCAACGGCUUUAGCGCAGUUGACACAUGACUAUUUUUCCGGGGACUCUACUUUGGUCACUGAUGAUUCUGACAAUUCUCACCCGUUCCACAGCGCAAGCGCUAGACAAAAGAUUAGAAAGUCGAGAAGCUCGGGAAAUUUCAUCAACAACCAUUCGGACCGGGACAUUUCAAAGUCUAUCAACAAGGAGGACACUUAUGAAAAGAUUAAUCUCCCUUCGAGAAGCCGCUCGUUGAAGAAUUCGUACAUUGGAUUGAACAGGCUCAAGGAGAAAGACAACAGCAGCCAGGACUUGAUGAACAAGUUGGAGAAGGAGAGGAAAAGCAUAUUGAAGAACGGACAUUCAACUACCUUAGAUAUUUACGGCCAAAGCGACGAUGAAGAAUUGUUGAAAGGCGACGGCGAUGCGGAUGGCGAUGCGGAUGGCGAUGCGGAUGGUGAUGGCGAUGGCGAUGGCGAUGGCGAUGGUGACAUUGACGAAUAUGCAGAGGUUGAUGGCGAAGCCGAGGUUUACAUUGACGACUACGAUGCUGACCAUCAAAAUCUACAUGACGAGGAUGCCGACAGCAAUGAUGAUGACGAUGCUAAUGAUGAGUAUGAUGACGAACGCCAAACCCACAUGGAUAACGGCGACGACGACGCUGACGACGAGAAGGAUUUGAGCAACGGCGAGGUUUCACAAAUGGAUUCGGUACCCAUGGAGCAAGGAAAAGAAAGUGUUGUUGACGACAUUGAUGCUUAUUUCGGCGACGAGCGUUGA